AUUCUCAUAAACGAAGAAUCUACAGAACACCAUGAACAAUACAACAGCCAACGAAAGUUAUGCCUUUGACGAUCACCUCGCGGUCCGUGUUGUACGCCUGAUGUUGUACCCUGUGGUUUUCAUGAUUGGCGUACUUGGAAAUUUAUUAGUCUGUGCUGUUAUCCUGGGAACAAAGAAAAAAAACUUGGGUUCCUCCAAAGGAUACUUUAUAUUAAACCUUGCCCUGUCUGACCUGAUGGUUCUGUUUUUAUAUCUUCCAUUCGACCUGGCCUAUCUUGAGAACCACUCCGUAUGGCCGUUUGGUUUUGCUCUUUGCAAGCUAAUUAACAUUUUGAGCGCUGUUUCCGUCACGGUGUCGGGAUCAAUGUUGAUUUGCAUUGGCUAUGAGCGAUACCUUGCAAUUGUGAAGACGCUGAAGAGUCCAUUUAGCAAAACAAAAGCUGUAGUUAUGGUGGCAUUCAGUUGGGUCUACUCGUGCUUACUGCAACUACCAUUCGUGUUCGCCUUAACCUUGGAGCCAAACGGAAGGUGUCUCAUUGACAUACAGUGGUGGCCAAGCCAGCUUUCGUUCAACCUUACUUACAUCAUGGCGUUGGUUAUUCCGCAGUUCGUAAUUCCUGCAUUCUGCCUCGUUUUCUUUUAUGUUGGAAUUGUCAGCCAUUUACGAAAGGCUCACAAGCAGAACAAUAGACGAGGCAUUUACAGAAGCGUACAUGUUGCUGAAAAACGGCAGAAGCAAAACCGAAAGACCACGAAGUUGUUGACGGGUUUAGUGUUGGUUUAUGCGGCCUGCAUCUUACCAGACAAAGUGAUCAUUUUAAGUAUUAUAGGAAAUCCAUCGCUGUUGAACUCGCAUGCCACAAGGCAGCUGUACGAGUUUGCCAGACUUCUUACCACUGCAAAUAGCUGUCUUAAUCCCAUUCUGUAAACAACAUUAAGUCGCAGUUUUAGGAAAGACUUGAAGAGUUUGUUUUCUCGGGAGACAGUUAACGAUACGAACAGAUUUCUGCACUCAGCAUUUCAGGAAAUCCCACAAAAGCAAAGAGUAUCGACCUCUGCUUAUCAGUUACGCAGGAUCACAGUGAUGGAUAAAAAGGAAUUAAGUUGGGACACCGACAGGUUUAAAACAGUACUAACGCCAGAAGCAAACGGAAAUAAUUGAAGAUUUCUAUGCUUUCACAGAAUUUCAGCCGUUUGUGCGAUAACAUUAGGGUGUUUGCAUUUGAUGUAAGCAAUGAUUACAAGAAAAUUCAACGAAAUCGGAGGUAAAUUCGCCGUUUUCACUUACAUUGAAGUGAUCACUCUAAAUCAGUUUAGUUCAAUAACAAAUGGAAACAGACUGAGGUUAUUUUUCUUUAACACUUUCCUUGUAUGAUAUUGGCUUUAUAAUACGAUUGUUUAUCGUGGUGUAUAGACUUGUCCUAAAGUAUAACCGCUGGCUCACACUAGAAGUGACUGCUGUUGAAGUGUAAUAACA